CCAGAGAUGACACCGAAUCCUCAUCUUUCAGUAGCUUGUGGUGAAUAUUGCGUCUUCCGUCUCGGCAGCAGCUGUAAUCGGAUCGAAUUCAAAUCUCCAGCUGAAAAGGAUCUAGUUGGUGAAACCGUUCAGCGAUCAUCAGCCGCCGAGCUGCUUCCCGGUUCAACCCGUGACUUUUUCAGCCCAACACGACUGAUUUUGCUGAGACCUUUCACGGACGUGGGACGUUCGGAACGUCGUUCAAGCACCACAAACUAUCACUCAUCGCGGACAAGCAUUCAACGGCGACGAGAAAUUGUGCUUGAGACGCCAUAGGAACGUUAACAAUCAUCGAUU